GAAAAAUCGGUUGCUCUCUUCCAUAGCUUGCCUGUUUAAAGAGACAGUGCCAUGAAGUCUUUGGAUGUGCAGUUUUUGUAUGGUUAUGUCCAUGCACCAUAAUACUAUUUUGCUAUAACCUGAUCAGGCAGAUGUCAGUAUGAAAAUAAAGCAUCAUUUGUGUGUAAAUUGGGCGACUGAGGCUGACCUUGUAUAAUGAAGCAGAAAGCACACACAUUCACACCCAUACGCAGGACCGUUCAUGCAGAGAUUAGCAGAGACACUAAAACCUAGAUUCCCUCCCCUCUUUUUUGUCAGACUAUUAAAUACAUCUCUGUCUCUCUCUCACACACACACACAUACAGACGUUUCUCCAUUUUUCCACACUCUUACAUGCCGUCUGCCGCACAUGCGCUCUCAGAGUGCGUGUGCACGCACACACGCCACUAGCACACACACCCAAGCACGCGCCUCCUGCCACAGCGGCUGAUUAGCUUGCGAGAUCUGUCUACAGCAUCCAGGGAAACAGAGCGAGAGGCAGAGCAUCGGCUGAGCUGCAUCGGCGAGUCUGAUGCCGUGUGUGGAUUAAACAGCAGGGCUGCUGAAGAGAGCGCUGCGUUGUGCUGACAGGACUGGUAUUGUGCUCCAUGGACUGUGCGCUCUGAACACAACUCGCUGGGAACGCUGGGCCCGGGUCCUGGAGCUCUGCUGUGGGGGAGGGGUGUCGACGCAGGGAGAGAGAAAGGAUGUUUUUCCAGACCACCGCUCUUUUGUAGUUUGACUUUCGACUAAAGGCCCCAUCUCUUUUGCUUGUCUGUGUCUCCUUGAUUCCUUCGUCCUCUCUGUCUCCUUUCAUCCGUUUCUUUCUGCUAUUACCUGUGUUGUUGUUGUUUUCCUUCAUCCCCCUGUCAUCCCUCAGUCUCCGUUAGCUAUUGGCUCAUCUUCAUUUUCUCCCGUAAUUCCUCUGUCCCCCUUCCCACAGCAUCCUCUCUGUGUCCUUCAGACAGUCCCGUCUCUUUUACUCUCCAUCUUUGUCCAUUCCACCCCUCGCCGCUUUCUCCCCCUCCAGCUAGAUCGGGGUCAGCUCUGCUCAGCUAAAGGGAUGAGAUGUAGUCCUUUUGGCCUGUGGAUCUGGGCGGCUCCUGGCGGGCCGUUCACGGGGGACACUCGCCUGCAGAUCGCCGUGGAGCCUGCUCAGUGGUUUUCAGGAGGGCCUGGUUCUCGUACCGCUUGCUGCAUGUAGAGAGACAGUGUUAGCGAGCGCUCGUCGCUGGACUUUCACUGCCGCUUGCUCCCCGCCUCUUGGGGGCAGCCGUCACUCUGGAGCGUCCCGGCCUGCUAGGCUGCGGCCUCUCUGCCCACACCCUGACCACGCCCACAUGCCGCUGGGGCACCCGCCGUGCUUCGGCCCCCGUGCACUUCCGUGCCUCUUGCCUUUGCCAGCGGUCCACGCCAUCCGUCACCCUCAGCAUGGGCGUACUGGAGGCCAUUGACCCGCCGCCCUCUUCCUGCCCCUCACCUGUGCCCGGAGGCUACCGGCUGGCCCACUCCUCCAGCUACAGCCCCCUGCAGGGGAGAGGAGGGUCAGAGCUGGAGCUCGGGGCAGCCGCAGAUGGGGUGCUGGAUGGGGGUGGUCAGGCCACCGAGCGUAGGACCCCUUUCAUGGAUCUAUUCUGUGAGACCUGCUCCAAACCCUGGCUGAUUGGCUGGUGGGACCAGUUCAAGAGGAUGUUAAACAGGGAACUGUCUCAUCUGUCUGAGAUGAGCCGCUCGGGGAAUCAGGUGUCUGAAUACAUCUCCACUACCUUCCUAGACAAACAGAAUGAGGUGGAGAUCCCCUCACCUACACUCCGGGAGCGUGAAAAACCAAUGUCUCACAUCAGCGGUGUCAAGAAGCUUACACAUAGCUCGAGCCUCACUAGUGCAGCCCUGCCCCGCUUCGGGGUCAAAACCGAGCAGGAGGACGCACUGGCCAGGGAGCUGAAUGACUUAAACAAGUGGGGCCUUAAUAUCUUCCGUGUGGCUGAGUACUCCAAUAACAGACCUCUAAGUUGCAUCAUGUUUGCUAUCUUCCAGGAAAGGGAUCUAUUAAAGACAUUUCGGAUCCCAGUGGAUACGUUUAUCACUUAUGUGAUGACACUGGAAGACCACUACCAUGCCAACGUGGCCUAUCACAACAGCCUGCAUGCCGCUGAUGUCACGCAGUCAACACAUGUGCUGCUCUCCACACCGGCACUGGACGCCGUUUUUACUGAUCUUGAAAUCCUGGCUGCGUUGUUUGCUGCUGCCAUUCAUGAUGUAGACCACCCUGGAGUUUCCAACCAGUUCCUCAUCAACACCAACUCGGAACUGGCAUUAAUGUACAACGAUGAGUCUGUACUGGAGAACCACCACCUGGCUGUAGGUUUCAAGCUUCUGCAUGAGGAGAACUGUGACAUCUUUCAGAAUCUCACCAAACGCCAACGGCAGAGUCUGCGCAAGCUGGUCAUCGACAUGGUUCUGGCAACAGACAUGUCAAAACAUAUGAGCUUGCUGGCAGAUCUAAAGACAAUGGUUGAGACCAAGAAAGUGACAAGUUCAGGCGUGCUGAUGCUGGACCAUUAUAAUGACCGGAUACAGGUCCUGAGGAACAUGGUGCACUGUGCUGACCUUAGUAACCCAACCAAGCCCCUGGCAGUGUACAGGCAGUGGACUGAGCGUAUUAUGGAGGAGUUCUUCCGGCAGGGUGAUAAAGAGCGAGAGCGUGGGAUGGAAAUCAGCCCCAUGUGUGACAAACACACUGCGUCCGUGGAAAAGAGUCAGGUGGGAUUUAUUGAUUAUAUCGUACAUCCCCUUUGGGAGACCUGGGGGGACCUGGUCCACCCUGAUGCUCAGGAAAUUUUGGACACCCUUGAGGACAACCGGGACUGGUACCAAAGCACCAUUCCCCAGAGCCCAUCGCCACCACCGGACGGCCCAGAUAAUGAGCUUGAAUCCUGCACGAACAAAUUCCAGUUUGAGCUCACCCUGGAAGGAGAACCAGGACAGGUUGGCGCUCCCAGUCAUAACCACAUAGACAGCCAUGGUCAAGAGGCAAAGAAAGAAGACGGGGAGGCAGAUGAAGCUGAGGAGGACGAGAUAGAGGAAAAAAUGGAGGACGGCGAGGAGGUGACAGAGGUAGUGGUCGAGAGGUCGGGGCGGAGGCGACUGCAGGUUCAGUCAGUAGUCGAGGAGGAAGACGAAAGACAGUCUGACGAGAGCCCAGUGGAGGAGACGGAGGAGGAGGAGAAGUCAUCCUCUCCUAUCGAUGACACGUAAUACUCGAGACUCAAGGAACAGCUGUCUGGCCCAGAGGGCUAAGUAGGGGCCAUCCUUCAAAAAACUCUGUCCCUAUUACGUUCACAUAGGACUCUUCUGUUUCUGCUAGCUAGACCAUGAACAGAAUAAGUCUUGUGUACCAAUCCAAUAAGACAUUUGAUUUUAUGUUUCAAAAAGGGAACUAAAUAAUAUUGAUAUCAGAGAAGUAUUUAACACAGCAACUGUAGAUUUUGAGUGCAAGCUGGAGUCCGUCCAGCAGCAGCGAGGGUGAGGUUUGACAGAAAAACAAGAAAAAUUGCGGUGGGGUUUGUAAAGGGCCAUUACGUCAGUGUAGCACUCUGGAAUUUCUACACAUACGCAUACACACAUCCACAGACGCACAUGAAUUCUGACUUAAAAUAACGGUACCACACAGUACAUGCAAACACACGGCUGUGUGUCUGUGUAUGUGAUCAGGGGGCUUGGAUCUGAAAGGAAUCUCUUUGGGAAAAAGCCAUCAUAAAAAGGAGCAUCAGUGUCAAUAAUCAGUUUUUAAAGCAUUCUAACAGGGACUUGAAUCCUCAGAAUUCACAAGCUGAGUGAAAUCUGAGAGACUCUUUUUUCAAUUUCUGUCAUAGAUUGAACACAGUUGCAUCUGUUGGGAGAAAAUAAGAUAACGUCUGCUGUCCAGAAGACUGUGGAGGGAUGAGUACAUCGGAAAUGAUUUGUUAGCGGGUCCCACCCCCUCUUACCCUUUACCCAGGAGUGCUACCAGUGCAAGAUGGCCGUGUGCCUUUCUGAACCACCAGCUUCAACUCUGGAGCUGUUGUGAAGCAAUGCAUCGUGGGACAGGAGUGUCUGCUUUUGUCUUCAUUUUUGAUUGUCUCUUUCUCUUUUUAAGCAAUCUAUCUCCAUCCAAUAUGGUUUGUGCCGGCAUGGAGCAUUUGCGUUGUCUUUGUGAUAGUUCCUGCUCUCAUCUGUCAGUCUUCCUCGGUAGCUUUCAAGCCAACCGAGCAUGUAGGGCCUUCAUUAGAUUUAUCACCGUCACUGCUUACGGACUGCCCUCACUUUUCAUGUGAAUAAUUAAUGAUAGUCACUUUCUGAGGAUAAGCCAUGUGACGCUUUGAAACAUAUGUUUUGGCUUCUUUUUGUUUUGUUAUAUCCAUUCCUGCCAAAUUUGUAAAAGCAGCAGUCUCCUCAAUUGCAGCACACAUUCGCACAAACUCCGUCACCUUCACCCACUCACGCUGGUAAUGCAUUCUCUACACCACAACACACUAAAUUGUGUUUUGCCAAAGGAAUGAGUACUUAACUGGGAACCUGGAGGAGCCUCGAAUGGUGGCUAGAAUAAAGCAUAGAGAGAGAAGUCGAGGCAUAUCUGAAAAAGAAAGACGGUAGUGGUUAGAUGUUGGAAAGACAUGCAGCCAUAUUGAGUUUGAUGCUUCUUUGCCUUAAUGUCAACUGCAGGGUUUCUACCUGGCACUUUGUGGAAUAAUAAGAUGUUGGCAUUAGAUCCCGGAUCAUUUGUUUCAUGUCUUAUGUAUGCCUAGCUAACUGUCUGUGAAUGCGCAAUAGCUCCAUCUAGAGGUGUAGGGUUUUUCUGCAUGGCAAAGUGACUAUAGCGGAGUACAGACAGAGAAAGCAGAUCAUACCAUUAAAGGAAACUGUUGCUGUAAUGUGUUUCGUGUCCAGCAUCUUUUUAGUGGUGUCUAUUUGACUUUUCACCAACUUUUAAAGGGAGACAGAGAGAGAUAGAAUGAGAGUGAAUGAGAGUGAGUUCUCAGGUUGAUGUUAGGUUUGCAAUAUUGCCUCUCUCAUCUCUCAGAAUUAGUUUUUUUGGGGGGUUUGGUUUAAGUUCAGUUAAUAUGAACCAAUUGUUGCUAUAUUGUGGGACAGCGUUUGUAAGCAUCCCUCUUGAAAUAAGAUGGCAAGCUAGUUUCUGCUGGUCAGUAGCUUAGCUUUACACAAGCCUGUGCCUGCCAGAGCAGUAAAUCGAGGUCAUGUGUGAUAACUGUACUUGUCUGCAACAGGAUAAGAGGAUGUCACAGUGUAAGUUAUUUUAGUUGGUGGACCACAGGAGGAAAGGCAGAGGUUGCACGAUCGGUUUGGUCGAACUGAUGACAUUCCCAUAUACAUUUGCCUGUCUUACCUUAAAAUUGCUUUGUUGUGUGGCUUUUCGUUAAUGUUGUGAGCACUACGCUAACAAAUAAUAUUUGCCAUUUUAACACGACACUGUAGCAAUUGUUUCUUAUUAAGAAAUUAUUAAAAUUAAUUCCUUGCUGCCAUUCUUUUUGGAUAUCAAAAGGAAAAAACAAGUGUUUUCUUUGAACAGUUUGUGUACAGUUUUUAUUUUUGUAUCAUUCUGGUUUGAUGGUUUGGAAAUCAAAAAACUACUAUCUAAUAUAAAUAGUAGACGAAUCACUGCUUGUUUUGUAUAUACUGUAAUGUUGAAUUGUAAAUUUGAGAUCUCUCAGAAUCAGUCACUGUCACAAUGAAUCACUUUUAGUUGUACUGAACUGUAGUUGAAUUGUGGACUUUCAUAAGCACCCUCCACCUUCCCCUUUCUUUCUCCUGUCAUCUCCCUGCCAUUCAUUUGGGGGAUUUUAGUCAACCUCCCACCACCUUUAAAUGUGAAUAUUUGAACUGUAUUGGAAAACAGACUAAUCAUCCGUUGUUUCUAAAACUUGUCUUUACCAGCACUUUAUUUUUUUCUGUAGGAAGUUGACGUGAGAUGGCUGAUAUCAGGGGGAAUGGCAUGGAGUGUUGUAUAGCAUGGCACAGGGUAAGCACUUUAAAUGGCUCGGUCCAAACGUUGUCUCUUUGGUCCUCAAUGCCAUUUUCUGCUAAAGCACUGAGCAACAUCAGCUACUCUGUGUCAGUAAUCUGCACUGUAAUGGCUUUUAAUAGGGGGUUUUAAAUACUUCUGUGAGGUUAAUGACCAAGAGACAGUCAGAAAGAUGACGUGGCUUAAUCAGAGAACAGUUUUUCUUUGUACUUUGAAGUCAUGCCUCAUGAGACUCUCCAAUGAAAUUAUUCUCUGGGCUUUAAAUAAUAUGUUACUUGUUCACAAGUUAUGGUAAUAAUAUAAAUGAAAAAGAAAACACAGGAAAAUGAUUGUAAUAUUUGUACAUUAUAUUGCUGUAAUGUGUAUAAUGUGUCCAAGUUAUUUUAUAUUAUAUUAUUUUUAUGAAAGGUUUUCCUCUGAGAGAACUAAGUUGUCAUUUUGUGAAUAAAAUGCAUUUAAUAAGCAAACAGCUAUAUAUAAAAAAACAAAUAUAUAAAUAUAUACCAGUAUAUUUUUUCUUUCACUGUUCAGUACUGUAAAGUGUGUUGAAAAUACAAAUAAAGGAUGAUUUUUCUAAUAAAUGCAA